GAAAUCUUUUACAAAAUGGCGUUUGUUGGUUGAAGUGCAUGCUUACCUGCCUUUCGUGGACGAAGUUAACGUGAAAUGUAAAAGAUGGGUGGAGUUUAGCUCCACCGUGAAGCUUUCGCGAUGAUUUCUCACUUUACGGUCGCAGGAUUGUUGAAGAACAAUGCCAACAAAGCCAAGCUUAUGUCACGGGUAAGUUGUCCGUAUCUGAUCUCUGAAACGUUGGACAGCAACAUUUCAAUUACAGGUUAUUUCACAGUUUCCCUUGAAUAAUGGAGUAUACUGACGAGAAGACAGAAAAUAAUUUUGACAUCAAAAUAACGAUCACUCGUGCAACUAACAUGCAUGGAAAAAAGGCAGGAAAUGUCCUAAGUUUUCUUCGGAUGGAUCUCAAUGGUGGGAUGUUGGGAGAGUCUGAAAAGCGUACGGUUGAUCCUACGGCAGAGUACAUUGAGUAUGACUUCACCCGCACAUUUCCCUGCUGCAAUGAAGUUCUGUCUCUCAGUGACAUCCCGCAUAAGCCAGUCAUAGUGACAUUGACAGAGGUUGUUCCUGAGAAGAAAAAAGUGGAGGCAAAAUCAAUAGUCCUGGGCCAAGCAGUGAUUGACCUGCUACCUUUGCUGCAAGGUGAGUGCAGCUUCUCAUCCACAGUCGUGCUGCAUGCUACGCACGCUGCCCCAGAAAAGGGCUCCACCCCGGCCCCCGUUACCAAGCACCCGACUUUGGACGUAUGUGUCAGUGCAUCAGCUCCAUUACUGACUGAAGAACAGCUUUCAACUUCCAACCUGAUGAAGGUGUCUUUGGAGACGGCCUAUUCUCUCCCUGACACAUUUAAUCAGAGUUUUGGGCCAACAGCUCCUCAAUACAUAUGCACUGCUGUAAUGGAGGUUCCAUGUACUGCAGAGAAAGACCAGCUAUUGUUGUUUAGUGAAGGACAGCUGAAGGCAGGGGGGCACAGGGAAGACAACGGCCGACAGAGGAAGAGGCCACAUCAUGCCCACCUGGCCCCAGGAAACCACUUCCUGCCAGGACCAUUUUUCCACACCCAACCCAUUGAUCAAGAAGAUGGCGAGCUUACUAGUUUAGAGGACCGCGAGUUCCGUAAUGAAGCAGAGACCUUGUUGAACAGAGUGAGCUGGGACACAGAAAUGCCCUGUUUUCUCGACGCAGAAGGAGUUACCAGGCUGCGUCAGAAGAUCACUGAGAGCAGAUUCUGGCCACUUGAGAUCAUGAAGUCGACUAUUGCCAAUGAAAAGUCGGGAGCAACGUCCAAGCUGCAAGCAGACGAGGACCCACAUAUCCCCUGCCACGGUGUGGCCUUUAUUGAUAUGGGUCGUUUACUCUAUCCUGGAGUUACCCAUAUCCGAGGAGCAUACAGCAUUCAACCUUACUCAAGCACUUUAUUACUUAACAAGACCAGACGAAAUAUCAGUUUGCUAAAAGAGCACUUAAAACCUGGAGCCAGCAAAGACCGUUCUGGUACAACUACAUGCUCUGCAAAGACAAAUACGGGAAAGGCCAAGGAUACCAAGGGGCAUGUUAAGGGGACUGGAAAUCAGAGUAUAUCAAGCGUGACUGAUUUGAACGGAUCAGAUCCCAUCCCCCCAGACAGAAAAGCAUAUAUGGACUUCGGGACAUACAUUAUAAUUGAAAUUACACUGACAAAUCCACUAAUACCCAAAACAUCUUCAGAAGAGUUGGCAAGAAGGGUGAAGGCACUGAUCCCUCCGAGGCCUCUAUCAUCUGGAGGACCUAAUAAAGCUGAAAGAGCAGUACUGAAUUUCCAUAAGCAGGUGGGCAACGUCGUGAAGCAUAUUUUGGAGCAGUAUGAGGAGUUGUUUGGAACAAGACUCAAACUGCCCAAUGACUGCAAUCAGGAGCUAAUGAUGGCUCAGCUCAUGGGAGCUCUCAAUGUGUCCGGCAGAUAUUUUGCUUUCAAAGAGCAAAUAAAGCCCACUGUGGUGAAGUUUGUGCGUGACAAGAUGCAACAGACAGACACGUUUACUGAGCAACAGGAUCUCCACGAAUUCGUCAGCAAGCUCUAUGUGGACCUGGUGGAUGAGAUGCAUGUUGCUCUCAACAAAAUUUAUUCAAAUGGAAUGGAAGAUGACUCUCCUGAUGAGAUCCAUUUGAGUACCUCUCAUCUUAAACAUUUUGCCCGAGAGGCUCAGCUCAUUGGGGAUUAUCAUGUGGCUGUUCAGUACUACCAAGAGCUGGUUGUCAGGCAUCCCCGUGAUCCAUCUCACAAAUUUGAGUGGGGAAACCUCUACAUGCAGACUGGAGAUUAUAUGAAGGCUAAAAUGUGUUUCCAUGACGCUGUUGCCGUCCAGCAGUCCCACCAGCCCAGUCUGAUGAUGUGUGGUGUGCUGGCAGCCAUGUUUAAUGAUUUUGAGCAGGCCGAGACUUUCUUGGAGCGAGCUACUAGCAUAGAGCCUCCAAGUUUGGUGGCCUGGACGUUGCUGGGUUUGGUCCAGGACAGUCAGAACAAAUCCAUUCUAGCUGAGAGGGCUUUCCUGGAAGCCAAAAGCCUUCUGAAAGCAAAGGAAGCAAGCAAUCAGACACACAAGGCCGAAGAGUCAGAUGUGGAUGAGGAAAACGAGAAGCAAAAGGGCCAGGAAGAAGAAAAGACCAUUCCACCUACAAGCCACUCUCCUAACAUGAAGCAGAGUGACACUGAGACUGGUGAUACUGUGCAUAGCGACCCAAAAGAAAAAGUCAUCUCCAAAUCCAUUUACACCGAGACCCUUGAGUUUCUGUUGCACAACUAUGCCCUGGAGAUGGCAGAGCACGCUCUUUCCAAGGAACUAUCUUCAAAGGGCAAUCACAGUUUUCAUCUGGCUUGUGUGCAGUUGCUCAGAGCUGAGUAUUGCAGUGCUAUUGUCACCCUCAGAGAGGCGCUACUUCGGGUAGAGCCGGUUGCAGACAUGUGGGCUCUGGAUGGUCACUGUCACUACUUGUGCGGCUCAUUCGCUGAGGCCCAGGGGAGUUAUGAACGGAGCCUAGAUUUCCCAGAGCAGCCAUCAGACACUCACCUUGUGCUUCUCCGCCUGGGAUCCAUCUAUCUACAGGAGGAGAAGUUUGAGCAAGCUAAAGUGACUUACCUGCAAGCAUGUGAAAAAUCACCCUCCUGCCUCACCUGGUUGGGCCUGGGUAUCUCCUGUUACCGGGGUCACGGGCGUGCUGGAGCCUAUCCCAGCUGUCAUCGGGCAGGAGGCGGGGUGCACCCUGAACUGCUGGAGGAGCUUUGGAUAGCUGAAGAAGCAUUGACGGAGGCCAACCAUUUGAACAACCAGAACGCUGAGGUGUGGGCCUACUUGGCGCUGAUUUGCCUCAGGCGGAGGCUGAGGACCCCACCCAAUCAAUCGAGGGGCGGGAUCGGGCCCAAGGCUCUACCCGAGACCAGCCCGGUGGAUGGGACCAGGGCGUUCCGCCGCCCCCACCGAGGCGCCCCGACAACUGGCCACCCGGCGGGGGCCGCAGGGACCCAAUGCCAGCUCCCCAGCCAACUCUCCCCACUGUCCCCGCACGCUAACUCUGGGCGAGAGGCGGGGUACACCCUGAACUGGUCGCCAGCCAAUCGCAGGGCACAUAAACAAAUAACUGUUCGCACCCAGAUUCACAUUCAAUUUAAAAUCUUCAGUUAACCUGCCAUGCAUGUUUUUUUGGGGGGGAUGUGGGAGGAAACUGGAGUACCCGCAGAAAACCCAGGCAGGCAGGGGGAAAACAUGCAAACUCCACACAGGCAAAGCCGGAUUUGAACCCAGGUCCUCAGAACUGUGAGGCAGAUGUGCUCACCAGUCGAUCACCGUGCCGACGAUUGUUGCUCAUGUUAGGGACUUUUUUUAUUUUUAUCAACUUUUUGUGUUUUCAGUGCAAAAUGAAUCUUUAAAUACAAAUAAAUGAUAGAUAAAAAAUAAAUGUACCCCAAAAAAUUAUACUUUACCAAGGGCUAACUGAAUAAAUAUACUAUUGCAAAGUGCAAUCACGAAUUGCAACUUAAUGGAAGCAAACACAGUUAGAGUAUAAAAUGCAAUAACUUUAGGCUGUAAGCAGUGACUUUUCAUUCGGAAAUCCCCGCCAAUAUAGUGACUUGUCAAGGACGGGUACAUCUCUGUUCUGCUUGACCAUUGGUCAGUCGUGCACUGCCCCAAACUGCAAAGAACUUGCCAAUUGUGGUUUCCCUCGAUUUACUCCCAGCGUUUUUUCAUUGCGGUCAGGCCAGCCGAGAAGUUGAAGUCAAGGCGGCCGCUACAAUGAUUGUUAAUAGCAUCUUACUGUGACACACCGCCUCUCCGCCGACGUGUUGAGAGGGCCAAUUUCAAAAUAAAAGCCUAAAAUGGCAUUGAUUAGGGUUGGGCAUCGAGAAUCUAGAACUGAUUGGAACUGGGACUAGCUUACCGGUUUUCCCGGAAUCGUUCAAAUGUUCCCUGUUUCGAUGGCUGCAGUCUGCCACCCCCGAAGAAGAAAGUGGCGAAAACCAACGAACGCACACGAAUAUGUGCUUGUGCCCAACGGCAGCGGCAAACAAAAGUGUUUCUUAACUUUGUUAAAAUAAGUGAUCAGUCGCCUCAGUGCAACACUUGCAAUAAGAUUAUAUUGUGGAAAGGAGACUUUCAUGAUGUGUAGAAGUCUGACGUGCUCCCUUUUGCUCCAAGCCUCACCCUACACCGCGUGAAGCUUCAGUGAAGUCAGUUGGGUGAGUGUGAAACUAUAAAAUACAUCUAUGCCAACACUGAGGCAGCUAUCAAGUUAAAUGGUGCGUUGCACUCUUGCACUGAUGGUUGUUAGCGUGUACUUUAGCCUUCAAACCAACAUAAGAGCUUAUGACAGACACAAAAAUAAAAUAUAAAUUAUUUUACCAUACUGGAAAGAAAGUAGAAACAGUCACAUUAAAAGCUUAACAUUGAGCUAAAACUUCACCAAAGGUCUAAAUAGCAACUUUACAUUACAAUGAAUUGGGACAAAAUUCACAUAAGCGUUGUCUCACAGUAUCACAAACACUAACCCUGUGCCUCAUCGGUGGGUAGGUAAAGGAAUCAACGUUUUACAGAGCAUUUGGUUCCAUUCAUUACUCUUUUUCAUGCCGUCUUAUUUUACUUUCGUUUUCACCGGUGUCAUGUGAAGUUACCUUUCGUGCCACAAUGCUGAGUUCUGGUGCAUACCCUUUAAAUUAAAAGGCUACAUGCUUAAAACGAAAGUCAAGUUAAAACUUGCACAUAUAAACCAUUUGAUGUGAUAAAACAGUCGCAAAUAACUCUUUUAACAAUGCUAUAUUUAACCUUUAGUUAGCGCACAGGUUUGAUAUUGAUACUGGUUAUAAAGAACCCUGAGUUAAAUGUUCAUUUUAGUCUACGGUGCGGGCUGCUAAGAAAAUGGAUGUUCAUAAUUUGGACAGCCCAUAUUUAAACCAUGCAAACGUUUGACCCAGCCCCCUAAAACAAUGAGAAUCGUUUGGAACCGGAAUCGAAAUGAGGAACCCGAAUCGGGACCAGAAUCGGUCAAAUUCAAACAAUACCCAAGCAUUGAUGUCCAAUGUAGUAAGAUAUGUAGCUCUGGCCUAAAAUGGCAUCGAUAUCCAAUGUAAUAAGAUAUACGCUUUUAUUUUGAAGUUGGCCCAGAGCGGGGUGCCGGCGCGUAUGAGGCCUUAACCAGACGUUCGCGCCCUGGUGGCUGGCUGACUAGGUUGCGGGCACUGCUACAUAUGAAGCACUUUUCGUAUGCAGCAGUGCCCACAUUUUAAAUAAAAAUAAAUUACUGACGAUCAGGCUCAUUUAAUCAUGGCGGCCAAUAUCGCGAUCACGAUUAAAAUUUGAUGACUUGUGCAGCCCUACGAUAAACGAUAAUAUCGUUGUUUUUUUAUGCCUCUGAAAUCUGGAAAAAUAAGGCCCGCACUCGAGCUGCAAUACUGUGUGGCUGCUCCACUGAAGACGAGCCCGUCACCCGUCAAUCAAAUGUAGGUUGACGUUCGAUGUAGUCAACUACUGGCUAAAAUGUGUGCCACUGAGGUUAUUCUCAAUAAACGCUUAACUCUUCUGUGUUUGUAUUAAUAGGGGACUAACACACACAUAACUCGGAGAGAGGCACUGACGUUUUAAACGACUUCGCCACAGUGGAGCGAGCUGUUUAGGUACUUCGCUCAUUAGCUUGUUAGCUCAGAAUCAUCUUUAUUUGCCAAGUAUGUCCAAAACACACAAGGAAUUUGUCUCCGGUAGUUGGAGCCGCUCUAGUACAACAGACAGUCACAGGCUAGCGAGUAUUAGAAACAGUAAACUUUCCCGUGUGUGUGUUAAAUGGGGACUCUCGGAGCGAAAUGAUGUUUCUGGGUUGGAAGGAGCUGUUUAGCUCCUUAACUUGUUAGCUGGCAGGCUAGCUCGUUAGCUCACAGGCUAGCUCAUUAGCUCGUGGACUAGCGAAAAUAAUAAACGGUUAACUUUC